AUGCUACAAAAAUUGCCUACUGAAAUCAUAGAAAAAUUGGGAAAUUUACUAUAUCAAGAUGAUAUUAUCUCACUUAUGUUAACAAAUUCAUAUUUUUAUAGUAUUUUACAUUCAAGAUUAUAUACAAUUAUAAAUAUUGAUUCAACUCCAAAAUUAUUUCAACAUGAUUCAAGAUCAUUAAAUAAAUUUCAAUAUAACUAUAAUAAUUACAAGUUCGGAAAUAAAUUUAUAAGAGCUGUCAAUAUAAGUUCAGUUUAUUGUUUAAAAGCAUUUUUUAAACAAGUUAAUGAAAAUGGAUCAAAAGUUAAGUUUCUAAGAUUUGAGAAAGUACCAGAUUUACCAGAUUUGGAGUUAUUUGAAUAUCUUGAAACAAGUUUACCAUUAAUGACUCAACUAGAACAAUUUCAUUGGAAUCAUGCAUCAAUACCUUUGAGUUUUUUGAAACAUAAUACACAACUAAAAAAACUAAAUGGUAAUAUUACAACUGAUAUAAAUUUAAAUUUACCAUUGCAAGAUGUAACUCUUACUACUUUUGCAGAAACAAAUGCAUCAAAAUUAACACUACGAAAUAUGGAUGUUCAAAAUUUCGUAUUUGAUGAAGUUAUUGAUUUAACUUUAGAUACUUGUACAUAUAAAAGAAAUUUUAUGUUAGAUCAACAAUUCCCCAAAUUAAAACAUUUAAAAAUUAAAAUGGAUGAUGAUCCAUGUAUAGCUAAAUUAAUAUCAAAAUUAAAUUUAGAAACAUUAAUAUUAAAAUCUCAAAUCAAAGUUUCCUUAAAAGAUAUAAAUAAAUCAAUAAUUUCAUUACUGAUGGAUACAAAAUUAGAAUUUAAUGAAUUUAAACAUUUAAUAAAUUUUAAAAAUUUAAAAUACUUAGAAAUAACAAUAUUAGAAAAAGAUAUAUUACAAUUAUUACCAUAUAUUCCCAAAAAUUUAAAAUUUAUAAAAUUUAAUAUUUUAGAAUCAAUUGAAAGAAAUAAUUGUUUAAUUGCAAAUGAAUAUUGGGAAUUUUCUUCAAAUAUUGAUCAAAAUCAAUUAAAAUUUCAAGAUUUUGUUUUAGAAUAUAAUCGUUAUUAUAAAAAUAAUUAUAAAUGGUUUAUGUUUAAUGAAAAAUAUGUUUUUGAAUGUGAUGAAAAUGUAAAUUAUAGAGAUGGAUUUGAUGUUUAUUUUGAUAAAAUUGUAAAUACUUUAAUAUAA